UUCUUUUCUUUUCUUUUUAUUUACUCAUGUCUUUAAGGAAAACGUCUAUUACGGUAUAUGACAAAUAGUUUAUUUCUUUUAUUUAACUACUUUUGUUUAGGAUGCUUUUAAAAAUGAACUUACCUGUGGCAACCCUUUGUCAGGAUAUGUAUGACCAACCACAGUCAUUAAUACCUUGUUUACACACAUUUUGUUUAAAUUGUGUCCAAUAUAUACCCAGACAAAGCUCACAUUAUAUUUGCCCCUAUAGGAAGGCACCUUGUCUAUCUUGUACCCAAGGCAACCAAACGGGUUAUACAUGCCCUAUUCCAAUCUCAGAUAGUCAACAAGAUGGAUUUGGUCAUAUUCUCUGUGGAUUCUGUUUAAAAUAUAUGCCUGCAAGAGGAUUUGGGAACAAUGAACCUGCUUUAAAUCAAUGCUGUAGUUUCUGUGGUAUUGUUGCCUGUAGUGAAUAUUGGACAUGUGACAAUAGGUCCAAGAUAGCCCAACUCUAUGUCUUGAGUGUUCGAUUCAGACUUGGAUAAGCGAUUUAGAAGUCAUUGAAUCCAAAGAAGAAGGCCAUUUGAACAAAGUAGAGAUUGGUCUAUUAACAGACUAUUUGGGACAGU